GGUCCCUGCGGCUGGCGGCCGAGCCUUGUGCCUCCGCCAUAUUGUCUGUGUGCGGCCGGCGGGCGGGCGGUGAGCGGGCGGCCGCGGCAGGUACCGGCGGGCCCCGGCAGCUCCGGCGCCUCUCCUGGGGCUCUGCGGCGGGCAGAGAGGAUGGGACGGCGGGGGAUAGGCGCCGCCGUGACUCCUCGCGCUCCCCGCCCCGCUCCGGGCGCAGUGUGGGCCGAAGGGCUGGGAUCGCCCCUGAGGAGAGCUGGGCCGCGAGGGGGGGGCUCGGCUGGGCGCCGCUGAGGGGAGCGAGGGCGGGGGGGAGCGGGUACGGCCCGGCGAGGCGGGAGGGGCAAGGCAGGGCCGGCCCCUGCUGCCCGGGGAGGUUCCGUGCCUCCGGGGAAAGCGGGGCCCGGGGCGGUAUGGGGCUGCCCGGUUGUGGCCGGCCCGUGGUCCUUGCUUCCCCCUCCCCCCCCCCCCGUCGCCUCCCGCGCGGAGUGGGCAGGGCUCUGUGGGAGACCGGCCCUCCCAUCCCCCACCCCUCCCUCCUCCCGUCUUCUCGGCAGUUUAGGUGGUCAUUACCUAAAAUGCCCCGUCUUUCCUUCUUUUCCCCGGCUAAAGCGAGUGGGGGAUGCGAAGGGUCUCCAUCUGCUCCCCCCGCUGCAGGAGCUCGGCUCUGGGCCGCCCUGGCUGCAAAGCAGGCGGUUUGCAGGGCCUCCCCUCCUCCCGGGGCAGCAGUGGUCAGUCUGGCCCUUGCUGCAAUUUAGUUCGGUGCGCCUUGGGGCAACAGGCUGCGUGGCUGUUGGUAAAAUAUGCUUUGUAAACGAAAGGGCAGAUAAGAUUAUGAAACCUUAUGUGUGCUAUUUGUUAGAUUAUUCUUUCUUGCUAAGGGCUUUGGGUACAACCAAUAAAGUUUGGAUUAUAAACAGACACUGAUAUGUUUCCUGCUGGCAGCAGUGGUUGAUAUAUGCUGAGGCUCAUAGAAGGUAUGCAUGUCCCUUUUGCAGGCUGUGUUUAUGGGACCUGAGUCUGUGUUGCAGGGCAGGCUCUUUUGCAUUGUGCUGGUAUCUUUGCACCAAAAGAGGGUGUGCUGGCAUAGUUGUGCACUGGGAAGUUGUUCGUGUGGUCUUUGGAAGUUGGCACCUGCUGAACAUGGCUGGUGCCACGUCUUUGUAGAGGCUUUGAGGGCUUCUCUGGGUAUGUGGAGACAGCAGUGAUACUUCCUUCAGGUAGUGUUGCAGUUUUUGGUCAGAAGGCUCUCUUAUUAAAACUGUAGUAGUUGCUUCAAAUAUUUGGUCUUGAAGAGAGUUGGUGUUCAUGCUGUGUUGCCAGUCAGCUUAGGUGUUGGAGGUGAGUCUAGCGGCAUGGAUUUGACUGUAGCGUAUGUAGGAACAGUGAAAUCACUCAUCCUGUAUGUUCAUUUUGGCAUGGAGUUGGCAUGGAGCCUCCCCUCUCUCAUGUUGGAGAGGGGAGGCUGCACUUCAGAGGAUGGUACACAGGAUCUGAGGAAAGUGCGGAGCAAAGAGUGCUUGAUCUGCUCCUUAAUUAGCUCUAGAACUAGGGUAAUGGGCUGGUUCUUAUAGCACAAUGCUGAGCCUGGCUAAAGCACAUCAGCAGUGAGAUAUCCUUUGUGGAGACACAAACUGUGUUUAUACUUAGAGCAAGAAAAAGGUGGAAUUGGUAGCUGGGAGUCCCCCAGAUUGGAUGCCUUUUGGCAGAGGAGGGCUUAUCAUACAGAUACUGCUCUAGAGACCCUGGAUCUCCAGUGGAAGGCAGUGAUCCAUACGUUUUGGCCUUGGAGAGAUUUCUGUAGUUUUGCCCUUCCUCUGUUUCCUGGUGGUGUUAUUUCUGUCAUUUAUUUGGUGUUGGUGAAACCUCCCUGCCUUCUGGUCCCAGUGUGGGCAGCAGCAGAGUUCAGUGUCCUGCAGAUGGGAUGGGUGAGGCUGCUUUGUUGGGUGCCACCUGUGAGGAGUUGAAAUAGGGUUGGAGUCUGCACCUGGAGUGAGGAAGGCAACAUUGCUCUUACCUUUGCUGUUACCACGACCAGGAAGGAUGUAGGAGACAUUACUGGAUAGGCAGGUGAUGUACUGUGCUGGGGUUAAGCCGUGGUUGAGGAGUGUGGAAGAGUGUGAUGGGUGAUGCUGGAGAAGAAAGCACAUACUGAAACGUGGCUGAUGCAGAGCAGGUUCUGGUUGUGGCAGGACAUAUGGAUCCAUGGUUUGAGGAGAAGUGGGUUCUGUUGGAAAUAAUGGCUCUUCGGAAGAGGGAUGGUAAAAUUUGGCAGUAGGUUCUAGCAAAUUUGGAGGAAAGUGGAUCAAGGAAUAUUUCAUGAAACUUAGUGGAGUUAAGUCUUUUGAAGUGUCAGUUAAUGGUAUUCAUUUGCUUGAGAAAAGGUGAUGCAAAGUGAGAGCAACAAUGCAAGCAAUGUGAGCGGGGAUUAUUGGGAGAAGAAACUGUGUUUCUAAAAUGAUGAGAGGAACGGGGAGGUCACUUCUCCCAGUUGUAUGAAAUGUCAGUCUCCUUACCAUGUCCACUCAAAUUCUUUUCUGCGUUUUCUCCUUACAGAACUAAUUUUCUCUUUCUAUCUUUCUUCAUGUCCUCUAAGGAAUAACGGCAAGGAAGACAGGAGAAGCAAAUGGGUGACAUUGUGCUGGUGUGAUAAAUUUCACGUCACAUUUCUGAAGGGACAGGGUUUUAUUUCUGGGUUACCAGAGCUGUCACCUCCAUGGCUUGUCAGUUUUGAAUUGCAUGCACUGAGGUUCCUGGUUUGUGAACUGAGGUGAGGUUGAUGCCAUCUUGGAUUUUCUUGUCCUCUGAGGGUCUUAAGAGAAUAAACAUCCCAGGUUUUAAGGUCAGAAGGGACUUAGUUUUACUGCAGCUGUUACCUGCUUUUGAUUGGAAGAUGACUUGGCUAAUUCAUCUGAGCUUGGAUAUCUCCUUCCAGGGGCUUCCAAGAGCUGAAUUCCCUGGAAUUUACCAAACAUGAUUGGAGAAAAGAUGUUCUCCUUUGGAUUUAGAAAACCCACUUUGAAAAGGAGGCUGUGGCUGUGUGAGCUGACGUUAGUUCUGGUGAUUAAAGCAGUGUGUAUUACAGCCCAUUUCUUACACUCCAUCUAAAUUUGCCAUUGAGGUGCUGAACCUGUCUGUCAGUAGGAAAGGAUAAUCAGAAAUGGGCUUGUUGAUGUUCUUGUAGGAUCAGCAGUUUGAGGAUAUCUCCUGUUGGCCUCAGCAAUGGAGGAGCAGUGAAGUGAGCCUGACGUGAGUUUUACCUGCUCCUUUGGCCAGGUUGUUCUGGGCAGCUUAAUUCCAACAGAUCAUUUCACUGCACACUUCUUGCUGCUGUUUGGAAGGCUGAAGAGCAGAGAGGGAGGUCUUGGAGCUCCUUGUGAACCCAGGACAGCUCUAGCCCAGACUUGUAUUUAGAAGGUUCUAAUUUAAAUAAUUUUCCACAGAACUUAUUUCUGUUCGAGUGUAGACUGUAACCUUAUUGUGAUUGAUUUCCAGAUUUUUAAGAAAUAUUACCAUUUGUUUUCUGAAGCAGGCCGCCCAGCUACUUAAUCUAAUGGCUGGAUUAUAUUCUGGCAAUUUUUUCACCAAAAAUGUGCAUUUGAUGGAAAUGGGAAGUCAUUAUGGGCUGAGGUGAGCUUUGACUGCAAGCUGCAGUUGGGUAGUUGUGUUUUCAAGUAUUGCAGCAGUCCUAGAAAAGCAAAGCUGUGUAUUUUGUGGAGAAGCAGACUUCUGUCUUUCCACCUUGAGGAGCACCUGCAGGGUGAAGCAGUCUGUUGAUGAAGCUAAGUGUCAGGAGAGUCCGGUGUGCUCUGUGGUGUUUGCACAGAUCUGCAUGCCAGAACUCGCUUCCACUGUGUGGGAGAGGUCUCAGUAUGUGCUGAAGUGCCUCCAGAAGUUGUCCUGCAUGUCCAGGGUGAUGUACAGUACCGAUCCUGUGGGCUCCUUGCCUUGGAGGAGGCGGUUUUGCAGCGAGCACAUCCCUGCAUGCGGGAGCCAUCACUGUAUCUUUAUUUUUAGUGUUCUGAAAAUGGAUCAGCAUGGAUGCACACAACAAAUUAAUUUCUAGUAUAGAAAAGCGAGAGCUUCUGCACUGCUCCUUUUCUUACAAGUUUUGCUGCAGAUUUCUCCAGCUGUUACCGAUGUGUUGUUAAAUUUCAGCCUUACCAUCUGCAGAUUCCACAGCACUGAUGAUAUUCCAGAAGGAUGAGGAGGGCUUUUUGCUUAACUUCAACUGAGUAACAAAUUAAAAGCUACAAGUUCUGGUGUUCCAGCAUGUAUGGUUGCAUCUAACAAGGCACAACAACUUACCCUCUUCCUAAGCCAUGACUUAAUGCUGCCCAGUGGCCUUACUGGGCCAUUGCAAGGGGUGAAGAGCAAUGCUGGGAGAUGAACAGGCUUGUCUAUGCAUGGGCUGCCAGCACUGUGGUUUGGCUUAGUGUGACAAAGGUAGAUUCAGCAGUCCUAUCCCUGCUGGAUUACACAGAGUGAUGAAUGCUGUGUCCAUGAGGUGCUGAUUAAUCUCCGAAGCACUGGUGCAAAAUACAAAAUUAUAAUGGCAUGCUUCUCAGUCGGUGCAUUGACAUCACUUGCCGUAUCUAGGAGAGCUGCUGUGUCUGGCUGUAGCUGUAUAAACUGAGCAUGUGCUGUGUUACAGUAGCCAGUACAUGAUAGAGAAUGAUUUCUGGAGUUUAAGAAGUGAUUUUGUUUCCCUUUGAUUUUCCAAGUGAUUGUAGCUAGGUAUGUCUCAUGCUAGCAGCAUCAAAUUUCUGCAGAACAAUGCUGGAACUAUUUCAGAUGGAGCUGCCUUGAGUGUCCCUUCCCUAGCCUUUUGGAUACCAGCUAGGCUGCAAAGAUGGCCCACAGUGCACUGCCUGCUUGAUGGGAGCAGCUGAUCACAGAGAUUUCCUGGUUAAACCUUUCCAGGUUAUGUGCCAUACAAGCAGGUACACCCUCUGGCUUUGGUAGCUUUCCCUGCCUCUAGGAAUCACCUGAUCAGACUGAUGAAAAACAAAUCACUUUUACAGGCAGCAGGUUCCAUUUAGUUGUUGAGUUUUAGCUAAAUCAUGCCACAUGUGAACUGCAGGAGUCAAAUCAGCUGAGCCAUGGCACUGUCAGUACUCUGCAUACUAAUUAAUGUGGAAAACAACUGUGUCACUUAGUGGUAAUUACAAAGGAAGAACUUUCCGGAGGGUGCUGCCAGUUGACCCGGUGUCAGCUGGGAAGAGCCUGUGGUGAUGCUGAAACAUUCCCCCUUCUGAGUUUUCAGGAAAAGUCCCUGGUUUUGCCAAGGCCUCAGAAGUGGUAAUUUUGGUCAUUGACUUAUAGGAAAGUAUUGUCCAAAGCUCCAGCAGUAGGAGCUUCAGUUUACAGGAAUGCGCUUAGAAGAGAAAGAAUCACUUCACUCUGUGUUGAGGUCCUUGCAAGCAGUUGCUUUGAAAUGCUCAAAAUAAAAACAAAAUAAACCCUGUAUUCUGUGUUGCAGCCUGUCACGUGCCCCAGGUAGCACACAGCCUCAGCUGUCCCUGAUGUUGAGGGAGAACUCCUCUUCUUCAGCCCACCUGAGUGCCAAGAGAUGCUGGCAGCAGAGGAUUGUCACCACUUUCUGGUUUGCUGCGUGCACGGGUUUGGCUGUUUGUGGCUACACUUGGAGCUGCUUUUUUGCUGUCUGUUCUGAGUUAGGCAUGUAGCCAUUUUUAUUUGAUUGUGUCAUGAAUGUGAAGUGGUGGCAAUAACAAUACCCGCCCUGUUUGAGGGGGUUGGGAGCCAUAGCAGGAGGAGCUGCCGCCCUUCGUGCUCCGCUGUAAGGGCCCAGGAAUCUCACCCGCAUUGCCGACUGCUGCAGCUCAUUCCAAACGUUGGAAGAACCGGAGGCCUGUCUGAGGCCUUUCUCCUCUGUCCUACUUUGGAGAUUGGGUAGCCUCUGGUUUCAGACAUCUCAUCACUUCCACCUGCCAACCUGUCUGAUAUGUCGGGACCCGUGCCGAGCAGGGCCAGGGUUUACACGGAUGUGAACACACACAGACCCCGGGAGUACUGGGACUACGAGUCGCAUGUGGUUGAGUGGGGAAAUCAAGAUGACUACCAGCUAGUUCGAAAAUUAGGCCGAGGCAAAUACAGUGAAGUAUUUGAAGCCAUCAACAUUACAAAUAAUGAAAAAGUAGUUGUUAAAAUUCUCAAGCCUGUUAAAAAGAAGAAAAUCAAGCGUGAAAUCAAGAUCUUAGAAAACUUGCGAGGCGGUCCCAAUAUAAUCACUCUUGCAGAUAUAGUAAAAGAUCCUGUGUCUCGGACCCCUGCUUUGGUUUUUGAACAUGUAAACAACACAGACUUUAAGCAAUUAUACCAGACAUUAACAGAUUAUGAUAUUCGAUUCUACAUGUAUGAGAUUUUGAAGGCUCUAGAUUACUGCCAUAGCAUGGGAAUCAUGCACAGAGAUGUGAAACCUCACAACGUCAUGAUUGAUCAUGAGCACAGAAAGCUUAGACUAAUAGAUUGGGGUUUGGCUGAGUUCUAUCACCCUGGCCAGGAGUACAAUGUCAGAGUGGCUUCCAGAUAUUUCAAAGGACCUGAACUCCUUGUAGAUUAUCAGAUGUAUGAUUACAGUCUGGAUAUGUGGAGCUUGGGUUGCAUGUUGGCUAGUAUGAUAUUCCGAAAGGAGCCAUUUUUCCAUGGCCAUGACAACUAUGAUCAGCUGGUGAGGAUAGCCAAGGUGCUGGGAACAGAAGAUCUGUAUGACUACAUUGACAAAUACAAUAUUGAACUGGAUCCACGUUUCAAUGACAUCUUGGGCAGACACUCCCGUAAACGAUGGGAGCGCUUUGUUCACAGCGAGAACCAACAUCUGGUGAGUCCUGAAGCUCUGGAUUUCUUAGACAAGCUGUUGCGAUACGAUCACCAGUCACGACUCACAGCAAGAGAAGCCAUGGAACACCCCUACUUCUAUCCCAUUGUGAAAGACCAGGCUCGGAUGGGCUCGUCCAACAUGCCGGGUGGCAGCACUCCUGUCAGCAGUGCGAGUAUGAUGUCAGGGAUCUCUUCAGUGCCAACACCUUCACCCCUUGGACCUCUAGCAGGCUCACCCGUCAUUUCUGCCACCACCACCCUGGGGAUGCCCGUUCCAGCUGCUGCAGGCGCUCAGCAGUAGUGAUGGGUUCUGUCUCCUGCUGCCUGAGCUGAGUCAGGUGGGGAAGAGGUUUCCCCCCUCCGCCUCUCCUCAGGACGCAGCUCGUGCCUGGCAGGGGAAGGGAGGGGAUGAACGCUUUGGAGGCACCGUGUCUGAACUGUUGCUUGUGGAUUUAUAGUAGUUCAGUCAUUAUAUACAAAAUUAUUAUAGGCUGAUUUUUCUUUUUUUACUUGAACUUUUCGUAACUCAGGGGAUUCCCUGAAAAUACCUACAGAUGGAAUAUUUCUCGGACAGUUUUCCCCCCCCCCCCACCCCACCCCCCCCCAAAAAAAGUACUCUACAUUUAAGAGCAAAGGUGAAUCAACAGCAUUUCCAAACUAUUGCAUCCUGCUGGAAAUCUCUUCUCUUCAUGUUCCCACCAUUACUCCUCCACAAGCAUACACCUUGGGGGAUCGUGCUGUUCUCCAGAGACUACCAAACCAAGUCUUCACGAGGCAGGGGAGGGGGAUUAAGUACCACUCGCUCACUUUAACCCCAUAGCCUGCAUAUGAUUCAGUACACUGAGGAGACAAUUCCAGUAUGGAGAGGUGGUAUAAACUUAAAAGAAGUAAGUGCAGAUAAUGUCUAAAGCCCUAUUUUGAUCGAAUCGUGUCUCUUUAGGAGCCAACCAGAAUGCCAACUCACCCCCUUGCAUGUAAUUUUAGUCUUAAAACAUAAAGUGACUGAUCCAAUUGAAGUCCUCACCACCCCCUGUUAAAGGUGCUGCUUUAGUGCUGUCCUCUGAGCAGCACCUUUCUCAUGGAAGGGGAGGCUUCCUGCCGUUGCUUGGCUUGGAUCUCUGGAAUUAGUUUGUUAUUGGGUAUAUUGUUUUUAAAUUGUUGAUAUAGGUUUCAAGCUGGUGGCAACUUAAAGCUGGAAAAAUCAGACUGCGCCAAGUCAGAUACCACAUCUUCACCCACCAUCCCCUCCCUCACGUGCCAUGUGGUGAGAAUACCAGUUACCUCACAGUCUUGUAAAUAUGCACUGAGAGGAAGGAGCGAGCAGACUUAACUUAAACUGAAAUGGUAGAUCAGUAAUUGUGGACAAAUAUUAUCAUUGACAACAAAGAAGAAAAAAAAAAAGCACCCCUGUUACAGCCCUGCUACCCCUUGCUGUGUAUAUAUACUUUGUCCUUCAUAUGUGAAAGAUCCAGUGUUGGAAUUCUUUGGUGUAAAUAAACAUUUGGUUUUAUUUAUCGA